AUGGCAGAAGCCAAACAGAUCCUCUCCCAAAUUAUCCAAACGGGCAUUUCCAAUCACUCUUCUUCUCUCUCUGCAAUCCUCUCCUUCUCCGCAACCUCACCCCAAGGCGACCUCCAUCUUGCGUCUUUGAUCUUCGCCCACAUCGAAAAACCCAACUCCUUCGUCUGCAAUUCCAUGAUAAGAGGAUUUGCGAGCUCUCGAAACCCCGAUCGAGCCCUUUUCUUCUACCUUCAGAUGAAUCGUGAAAAAUCCAUCGCCGAUAAAUUCACUUUCCCUUUCGUUCUCAAAGCUUGCGCUGUUCUGCUAGCCGUAGAGGUCGGUAGAUCUGUUCAUGGGAAGAUUAUACAAUUGGGUUUUUCUUCGGACCCUUUUAUUUGUAGCGGUUUAGUCCGAAUGUACUCUGAAUUCAAUGAAAUUGAUGUUGCUCGGAAGCUGUUCGACGCAACUCCUGAGAGGGAUUUCGUUCUCUGGAAUUCGAUGAUUGGUGGGUAUUUGAAAUGCGGCCUCUUGGACCCUGCGCGCGGAUUGUUUGACAAUAUGUCUGAUAAGAACGUUGGCACAUUCAAUGCAAUUCUCGGGGGGUAUGUGAGGUUUGGGUGUCUAGCCAUUGCUCACAAGCUAUUUGAAGAAAUGCCCGAACGAGAUGUAGUGUCAUGGAACACAAUGAUUGGGGCCCAUGCAAGGUGUGGAUCCGUGGGGACUGCGCAGAAACUUUUCAAUGAUGCGCCUGUUAGAAAUGUGACCACAUGGAGUGCGAUCAUAUCUGGGUUUGCGCAGAGCAGUCGAUUCCAGGACGGGCUCGAGAUCUUCAAGGAAAUGGUGCUUGAGGGUGCCAAGCCUAACCAAGCCAUAUUGGUUAGUGUACUCUCUUCAUGUGCUCAUCUUGGGGCUCUUGAGCAAGGCAUUUGGAUUCAUGCUUAUAUUGAGAAACAUGGGAUUGAGGUGGAUGAUGUAUUAGGCUCUUCUCUCAUUGAUAUGUACUCGAAGUGCGGUUUCCUACAAGGUUCUAGGAUGGUGUUUGAUAAGAUUGUCAAGAAAGACGUUUGUGCAUGGACUUCGAUGAUUUAUGGGUUUGCCAUACAUGGGCAUUCCCUUAGAGCCCUCAAUCUAUUUGCCGAAAUGGAGGCUGUGGGGAUUAGACCUAACAAUAUUACCUUUGUAGCUAUCUUAUGUGCUUGUUCUCAUUCAGGGCUAGUUGACAAGGGGCGAGAGAUCUUCAACCGAAUAAAUAGAUCGGAUCACAUGAGGCCUACAAUUGAGCAUUACACUUGCAUGGUCGAUCUUCUGAGUCGGGCAAACCUCUUAGAUGAGGCUCAGGACCUUAUCAAGGCCAUGCCGAUGGAGCCAGAUGAUUCUGUCUUUGGGGCUCUGCUAAGUGGGUUUAAUAUACACAGGAGACGUUGUUUGGGAAAUGAAGAUGUAGGGAAGCAGAUUACAAAGCUACAAACGGCAGAUAGUGGGGCUUAUGUACUCAUGUCAAAUAUGUAUGCUUCGAUCGAACAGUGGGACGAGGUUGCAAGGAUGAGGAGGAUGAUGGUGGGAAUGGGAGUGAAAAAGAAUCCUGGUUGUAGCUUGAUUGAGGUGCUUAUGAGCAAUGAUAAUACUUUUAAAGUAGUAAGUGUUGGAUCGGUGCGUAUCAAGAUGUUUGAUGGCGUGGAGCGUAUCUUGAUCAAAGUGAAACACGUUCCUGAUUUGAGGAAGAUUCUGAUAUCUCCGGGAGCACUCGAGGAGGCUCUUGAUGAGCUUAAUGCCGAAAAGCGAGCGAUGGAUGAUAAAAUGGACUCAUUCUACAAGAAUGAGAUGUGGGAGUUGGUGGAGCUUCCCAUCGACCGUAAAGUGAUUGUGUGCAAGUGA